AUGCUGCUCGGCCUUGCCCUGCUCCUCCUGAUGGGGCUGAACGCCUGCACUUGGGCCGGGGACGAGGAACUCGUUCUCAGCGCUGAAGUGGGACCCUGGGUAACGGUGACCCUGGAGGAAGAUAUUAUCCCCAGCAUUCAGUUCCAGCUUCAGGAGGUGAAGAGGGGCAAAGCGAGCCAGUUCUUUGGGCUGAUGGGGAAACGGGUGGGAGGAAUACCUCCUCUCCAGUCAGAGAGAAGAACAGGGUAUCAUCGAGGACAAAUGGUCCAGGACCUCCUGGGCAGGAAAGGACCAUCUACAGAAGAGCUCUCCCCAGGCAGAGAGGAUGAGGACGUGGGGUCCAAGUGAAAACCCC